AUGUUUCAGCUGGAAGACCAGUAUAGCCUCUUCGAUUAUAGUAUUAAUAUAAACGAUUGUGUACAAUUGACAGUCGUCGAGACAGUUGUGCAUGUUCCUGAAAAAAUUUGUACUGGAGACGUACCAAUAUAUUAUGAGCUUAAUAAGAAUUUGAAAAAGAAAACGAAAACACCUAUUCAGAGUUGUGCAUCAGACACUAAUAUAAAAACACCUAUUCCGAGUUGUGCAUCAGACACUAAUAAAAAAACACCUAUUCCGAGUAAUGCAUCAGACACUAAUAAAAAAACAGAAAAAGAUAAUUUAAAUGAUAUAUCCGAGGAGAGCAAGUAUUUUAAAUUGGGCGAUUAUGUUGAUAUUAGAGAUUAUGAGUAUGGCGUGUGGUACAUGGGUAAAAUAGUGAAGAUAAAAAAUGAUGAUUCUUCAGAAAUUGAACCAACUUCCUCCUCUGAUAAUCUAGAGGAUGAUGGGCUUAUUUAUUUUGUAGAGGAUGCAGGAUGUCCUACUAAUCAACCCGCUAAAGCUAAAUUGAAAGAAAUAAGACCAUAUGCUACUGAUAUUCUGCCAUUUGAUCAAUUAAAAAUCAAUGAUAAAGUUAUUAUGAAUUAUAAUGAAGAUUAUCCUGAAGAACGUGGCCAUUGGUAUGACGUAUUAGUGAAACAGAUAAUAGUUAAUAGACGAAUUCGUGAAGUAGUAGGAAGUAUUACUUUUGGAUCGAAUAAGGCAGUGUUGGACAAUGUUCAUUUAAAGUUUGUUGAUGAUAUUUUCAAAAUAAAACCAUACAAGUUAGUUGCAGAAAGAAGUAAAGAUGAAGAUACUAUCAUGCAAACAAAGCCUUCUACGGUAAGAGCUACAGCUUUAAGUUGCUAUAGAUGCAAAGACAAAGAAAAUAAACCAUGUGUAUACUGCGCUUGUAAAGUCUGUGGUGGCAAGCAAGAUGAGGAUAAACAGAUAUUGUGUGAUGAAUGCGAUGACAGUUUUCAUGUAUUCUGCCUUACACCUCCACUGGAGAAGGUUCCAGACGUUGACUAUUGGUAUUGUCCAACAUGCAAAGUUGAUGAUGACGAAAUUGUAAAAGCUGGUGGAAAAUUAAAGGCCUCAAAAAAAAAGAGAUUAGCGUCAACAUCAAAACGUGAUUGGGGCCAGGGAAUGGCAUGUGUUGGAAGAACAAAGCAAUGUAACAUUGUUCCACCAAACCAUUUUGGUCCCAUUCCAGGUGUUGAAGUUGGUACUACAUGGUUAUUCCGUGUUCAAGUAUCUGAAAGUGGUAUUCACCGUCCUCCAGUUGGAGGAAUACACGGCCGUGACAAUCAAGGUGCAUUUAGUAUUGUAUUAAGUGGUGGUUAUGAAGAUGACAUUGACAAUGGUGAUGAUUUCCUGUAUACCGGUUCAGGUGGAAGAGAUCUGUCUGGAAAUAAACGCACCGCUCUGCAAAGUUGUGACCAAGAACUGACACGCUAUAACAGGGCUUUAGCUCUCAACUGUAAUGCAGAUAUUAAUGAUAAAGAAGGAGCAACAGCUGUGGAUUGGAAAAAAGGCAAACCAGUUAGAGUUGUACGGAAUUAUAAACUCCGUAAGCAUUCAGAAUAUGCACCAGAAGUAGGCAAUCGCUAUGAUGGUCUUUAUAAAGUUAUGAAGUAUUAUCCAGAAAAAGGAAAAUCUGGAUUUAUUGUUUGGCGUUUUGUAUUAAAACGAGAUGAUCCUAUACCAGCUCCUUGGACCGCAAAAGGCAAAAAGCGUAUAGCUCAACUAGGUCUUGAAAUGAUUUAUCCUGAAAACUAUAUACCUCAGCCUGAGCCUGACAAUGAAGAAUCAGAUGUUCCCGGGUCUAAAAGGAAAAGAUCUCUACAAGACGACACUAAUAUAGAAAACAAUGAGUCAGAUGAAAAUUUACCAAAAAAAAAAGAUGAAAAGAAAGCAAAAAUGCAUUAUAAACUAGAAAAGGAAGCAGAAACAUUAAUCGCAGCUGACUCUGGCAAUAAAAAAUAUUGGGAUGAUUGUAAGGCAUUGUUAAAAGAUGGCAAAAAAGCAUUUUUGGAUAGAAUUGAAGAAACUUUUAUGUGCAUUUGUUGUCAAGAUAUCGUCUUUGAACCAAUUACAUUAGAAUGUGCUCACAACAUUUGUAAAGGAUGUUUGAAAAGAUCGUUCAAGUCUGAGGUGUACCAAUGCCCAGCAUGUAGAGCUGAAUUGGGAAAAAAAUACUCUAUGAACAUCAAUAUUACAUUGGCUAAUACUCUUUUGCAUUUCUUUCCGGGAUAUAAUGCGGGUCGUUAA